AUGGAUUUUGAUUACUGUUUUGAGUGCAAGAAGAACACUGACAUUGUUGUAGAUCACAAGCAAGGUGAUCGGGUUUGUACCGAAUGUGGUUUAGUUCUUGAAGCUCAUAGCAUUGACGAGACUGCAGAAUGGCGAAACUUUAAUGAUGACAACAAUGACAAAGAUCCUAACCGUGUUGGCAGUGCAAUGAGCCCGUUUCUUGAUCAUGGUAAUCAGCUUGUUACACUUAUCUCUAAUCCCCACAAGACUGGUGAUCAUUCUGGGGAUGUUUUGAGUUCCAGAAGGUUGCAUAAGGCGGGUACGAAUUUGGUUAAAGGAUUAGAAAUCAUUGCCUCAAUGGCUGACAGUUUAGGUUUGGUUGCAACAAUCAAGAACCGGGCUGAUGAGAUAUAUGUGAAAGUAGAGGAACACAAAUUGUGCAGAGGGAAGAAGUUGAAUGCAAUCUUGGCUGCUUGUUUGUUCAUUGCUUGCAGAGAAAAUAAGCUCUCGCGGACGCUGAAGGAGUUGGGCACUGUGGCAGAUGGAGUGAAAGUGAAGGAGAUUAACAAGGCCAUUGAUCUUAUAAGGAAGCACCUUGAGGUCUCGAUGGGUGGCUUGGCUACGGUGGAACUGGUGAGGAGGUUUUGCAGCAAUCUAGGGGUGAAAAAUCGGAUUGUUGUGGCGGUGCAAGAAGCAGUGACAAACGUUGAAGAGUUAGAUAUAAGGAGGAGUCCAAAAUCUGUUCUUGCAGCCAUAAUUUACAUGAUAACACAGCUUUCUGAGGAUAGAAAAUGUUUGAAAGAUAUCUCAAUGAUUGCAGAAGUUGCAGAAUUGACAAUAAAGAAAUCUUACAAGGAUCUUUAUCCGUAUGCUACAAGGUUCAUGCCCAAUUGGUAUGCAAAUGAAGAAGACAUCAAGAAACUGAGUCCCCCUUGA